GGUGCUGUCAGGGGACGGAUGUCCACAGCUAGCCGGCUGAUAGCUUUGGCGAUGUUGCUCUUAUCAGAAUGAAACCACAGCCGGACAGAGGAGACUUUGCCCGGUUUUACACUGUCACGGACCCGGAGAAGCACCAGAAAGGUUAUACUGUCUACAAAGUCACAGCAAGGAUUAUUUCAAGGAAGAAUCCAGAGGACGUCCAAGAGAUAAUUGUGUGGAAAAGGUACAGCGACUUCAGGAAACUCCACCAGAACCUGCUUCAGCUUCACAAGAGUGUUUGCAACCAGUCUGAACUCUUCCCACCGUUCGCCAAGGCCAAAGUUUUUGGUCGCUUUGAUGACACAGUGAUUGAGGAAAGGAGACAGUGCUCUGAAGAUCUUUUGCAGUUCUCUGCUAACAUUCCUGCACUCUACAACAGUCAACAUAUUCAAGAGUUUUUCAAGGGAGGCAAAGUUCAUGACGGCUCAGAGCUCAUCGGCCCUGCGGAGCCCUUCUUGGACUUCCUGGCAGACAGCAUCUCAGACUGCAGCUCUGAGGUUCAAAGAGACGCUAGUGGUGCCGAUGAUUUGACAGUCACAUCAGAGUAUGGAGGACCGUCCAGUGACAGUGACCUGACCUCCCUGGUGGUGGACUCGGACUCUCUGGCUGAGUUGGACGAUGGCAUGGCCUCAGGCCGCACCUCUCCAAAUCAACCACACGGUGGAGCCACUAGCUUUAGCAGCAGCUGCAGUCCUCGCUUGCAUUCCCUGCAUGACCAUAGAACUCCAUCUCCUGUCCCUUCACCCUUCGCUCUGAACCAAGAGGCCAGCGGGCCUGGCCGAGCUGCCCUGUUCUCUGGCAGUCUGAGAAAGCAAAGUGCUGGGAGUCUGAAGGAAGGAAAGCCAGAUUAUCUGGACAAAGCCAGCGAGUUUGUUGGUUUGGCUCUCGAGAAAGAGAAGGAGCAAGACUACCAGGCGGCUUUUUCCUUCUACCGCAGUGGGGUGGACCAACUGCUGAAAGGGGUCCAAGGUGAGGCCAGUCCCACACGUCGAGACGCAGUGAAGAAGAAGACUGCAGAGUAUUUGAUGCGUGCCGAGCAGAUAUCCAGUCAAUAUCUAAAGAGCAACAUGGGUCAAGGGUCAACUCAAAAGGUGGUCAUGGGGGCGCAAUGCUGCCAGUCAACCAGCAGAGGGGGCCAACAAAGUCCAUCAAAAGAGCUAGAAGAUUACAGGGUGCUUGGUGUCAUAGAUAAGGUUCUUCUGGUCAUGGACAAGAAUACGCAGGAGACAUUCAUCCUGAAAGGUUUGAGGAAGAGCAGCGACUGUGGGAGAAUAAAGAAGACCAUCAUGCCUCACUCAGUACCCCACAUGGUCCAGCUAAGAAAGUUCAUUGUCUCUGAGGACACAGUUUUUCUUUUGCUGCAGUACGCUGAAGGUGGGAAGCUGUGGUCUCACAUUGGCAAGUACCUGCGGAACUCCAGUCCUGAUGAGAGUUUUGACAUUCCCUUCAUCCAGAAAAGCCACACAGCGGCCAUUCACUCACCCCAAUCUGCACUUCCGCAUCGAGAUGAGGAUCCCGCAGAUGUUGUGUCAGGACUUGGUGCCGCCUCUGAUUUUGUCUCAGAGCUGAAGACAGAAAGGAGUGAUCUGACGCCUGAGAAACCUGGGUUUCUUUCCAGGCUCAUCAAGCAAAUAGGUGCCCAGUCAGACUCAGGAGCCACGUCUGAGGAAGAGUGCACCAACAGUUAUUUAACUCUUUGCAACGAAUACGAGCAGGAGAAAGUAGACCCGCUAAAUAACGACGAGGACGACGAGAAGAGCGAACAGGAAAUGUUGUCGCUGGAGGUCCCAAUAAUUACAACAACUACCACGUCUUCACGCAGCCGCUCCCUGCUCAGCAACGACAGCCUCUCCUCACCCAUCAGCUCACAGGAACUUGGCUUCUUCACGGAAUCGUCCGACAAGAGCGGGCAGAGUCACGACCAGUUUGGUGUUGAAGGACAGGAUAACAGUGAGGUGUUUAGCUCGCUGCCUUCUCCUGCUGUGCCUCUGUCUCUGGAUCAGUCCAAACACACGCCGAUGGAGUUCUUCCGAAUCGACAGCAAGGACAGUGCGAGUGAGGUGUCGUGUUUUGAUUGGGGAGAGAAAUCUCACAAACAGGUCUCUCUUUUUUCCACGUCUGACCUCGGCUCAGACGUCACUGAGGAUCUUCCAGAGCUGGCUCAGGAGGCUAAAGGACACUGCUUGGAGAUUUGGGGGUUUGACUGCAGCGACAAAGUUUCUAAUGAAUCAGUGCCUGUAAUUUCCUUCCAAGAGGCAGUGGAUGAGGAAGAGGGUCAGCCGCCAGACCUCCUGGUGAAUCUUCCUGUGGUCAGCAGCACCGUGGACUCGUUACAUGAAGAAGCAUGUGCACUGUCUGGAACUGUGGAGGCCACAGAUUCCCCUCAAAAGUCCAUCCAGCCUGAUGUUUUGCAGCUUCACACCCAAUCUGAGGAAGACGUCACCCCUGCAGGGUCUUCCUCUUUCCUUGCAGCUGAGCAGGAUGAGUUUUUCGAACAAAAGUUGACAGUUGUUUCAUUGCAUGACACAGUCGGAGACCCAACAAGGAUUACAGGCAUUCCAUCCACCAGUGAGACUAGUGAGGGAGCCAUCGGGCCAGAAACAGGUCUUCCACUGCGAAACGUGUCAGGUGUCGCCAGUGACUCAUCAGGAAUUAUUAGUCAUGCAGGUGGCGAGAUUGAUAAAGUGUCCCGGCUGUUCGCCGAACUGGACGAGCUGUCGCUGGCGGCGUCCCAAGCUCGCAUCCCAGAGGCAUUUGUGCGCUGCUGGGCCGCAGAGAUGGUGACAGCUUUGGAUUCUUUGCACCAAGAUGGCGUCACCUGUCGAGACCUCAACCCCAACAACAUCCUGAUCGACCAUCAAGGCCACAUACAGCUCACGUACUUCUGCAGCUGGACCGAUGUGGAAGAUACCUGUGACAAAGAUGCCAGUUUAAAUAUGUACUGUGCUCCAGAGGUGGGAGGCAUCAGCGAGGAGACGACUGCGUGCGAUUGGUGGAGCUUGGGCGCAAUUCUGUUUGAGCUUCUGACAGGCAUGACUCUGCUGCGGUGCCAUCCAGCCGGAAUCAGUCGCCACACAACUCUCAACAUCCCAGAGUUCGUGUCAGAGGAGGCCAGGUCUCUGCUCGAGCAGUUGCUCCAGUACAACCCAGUGGAGAGACUUGGGGCCGGAGUGGCAGGUUCAGACGACAUCAAAUCUCAUCCCUUUUUUGCCACCGUGGACUGGCCCAAGUAGACGUUGGAGCACAAGCAUCAAAUUUUGUUUGCCAAACCCAGCCGUGUUGAACAAUGUGUAAGUCGGCUCAUUUGUUUUUUGCAGCCGUGGUUUUUACAUAAGCAGGGAGGACUUGUCAUACACGCCGCCAUAGAUAUUGUCCCAAGUGUGAUCAAGCUAACUCACUCCCUCCAGACCUUCAACCCCUGACGCUUGAAGGACCGACAGCCAACAGUUAAGUCCUUGUAAGUCCACUCCACUACAGAUUCAUGUGCAAUAUGAGCACUGUUGAUGUCUCACUGCACUGCAUUAUCUCAUACAGUCUCUAUGCAAAGUGAGAGUCGGGCAGCGGGGCACGUGUGUUUACAAUAGUUGUUGUGAUUCUGGCCUUGUCUGUUGUCAAUGGUCUGCACUGAUUCUGCAUGUGAUCGAUGAUAUUUAAACAUCAGCCUGUACAAGUCGUUUUUGAUGGAUGUUUUUGAAUGAUAUUGGAUAUUUUGGGACCUUUGUUUUUUACUUGAACAUAAGUCUGAUUCGUCUUUUGAAGCAACUUGAUCAGGAUUUCUUAGAAAAUUGUGCAAAUGGACUGUUGGUUGACACAAGCUGAAAUCUCACUUCGUUAUGGUUCGACACUCUCGUACUAACACAACACGUGUGCGUCUGGUGCUGCACUACGACAAUAAAUACA